GCGCCUCCCUUCUAUUUCUCCUGGGAAUCGUUGAACUCUUUAUACUCUUUCAACUUUACUUGUUUGAGAGAAAUAUGCUCGAAAGAGUGCUAUCUAUGCGCAGAGGAGCUCAAUUUAGCGAGGAAGGAGACGACGAUGACGACGAGUCCAAGACCAGAAAGAACAUCUCGUUCUCCGUGAGGGUAAAGAAGAUGAUGAGCAAGAUUGGGCUCUUGUGGCCGCUUAUCAGUCUCUUCGUCAUCCUUCUCUUCGUUUCUGUCGUAUUGCAUUCUCGCCGCCUUGUCUGCGUCUCUUCUUACGAACCCUAUUCUUGGAUGAACCUCUAUGGCAUUGAUGGGCUCGAAUCCUACUUCGGAUCUCUCGGCGUCCCCUGGUGCAGAUCGAAACAUGGGCAAGCGGUUGAAUGGACAUCGAAGGAUUUGCUUAAGGGCUUGGAAGAGUUCAUACCAAUUUAUGAAACCAGGCCAAUCAAAAACAACAUGUAUGGAAUGGGUUUCGACCACAGUUUUGGUCUUUGGUUCAUCACUCGAUGGUUGAAACCAGAUCUGAUGAUUGAGAGUGGUGCUUUCAAGGGGCAUUCCACUUGGGUUCUCCGACAAGCAAUGCCGGACAGACCAAUUGUGUCACUGACACCUCGGCACCCUGAGAAGUACCUGAAAAAAGGACCUGCCUAUGUUGAUGGAAAUUGCACUUACUUUGCUGGAAAGGACUUUGUAGAUUUUGGAAGUGUUGACUGGGGAAGUGUGAUGAAGAAACAUGGGAUUACUGAUGUCAACCGGGUUCUCAUCUUCUUUGAUGACCAUCAAAAUGAGCUAAAAAGACUUAAGCAAGCAUUGAAAGCUGGGUUCCGACAUCUCAUCUUUGAGGACAACUAUGAUACAGGAAGCGGUGACCAUUAUUCUUUGAGGCAGAUCUGUGAUCAGUUCUAUAUACGAGGAGGUGGGCAUAGCUGUUUUGGAGAUAGUGAUGAGGCCAGGAUAAGGAUGAAGCAAAAGAAGUUCUGGGAGAAGGCAGUGGACAUUGAAGAACUGUGCGGGCCAGGGGAAGCGUGGUGGGGUGUUAGAGGGGAAAUGCGGGAUGAUUUCAACCACAGCAACAAGCCAAUUUCCUAUGCCCAACAUUUUAAAAACAGCAGGUUUGUGGAAUCAGUGCUAGAUGUCUAUUGGGAGCUUCCUCCAGUGGCCGGUCCUUCCCUUACUCAUCAAACAAGAUAUGAUCCUGCCCGUGCACCCAGUCCUAUUGUUGAAGAUGGUAGGUUUGGCUUGUUUCAGAGGCUCGGUCUAACUAGGCUUGAAACAUCUGUAUUCAAUGGGUAUACUCAGAUGGUAUAUCUUCAAAUAUCUCAACCUGGGUCUUAGAUCUGCCAAGAAUAGAUUGGAGAUGCUUCAUUAGUUGCUUUGUUCAUGGAAGCUCUACUGUGCACAAUUUCCAUGCCUCAUACAUGCAGAGUUCAGACAUUGUACAAAAAUUCUUCUUAUUUUUUUCAAUGGAUUCAGAUUUUCAGAAUCUUCUGUUA